AUGAUUAUUUAGCCGUAGCAAGUUGGUGUUAAUUUCUUGAGACCAACUCAUGGUGAAGUUAAUUUCAAUUUAUAAUAUUUUGAUGAAACAACCGUAAAUGAUGCUAUAUAAUUUAAAGAUUUAAUGGAAAUAGUUAUUCAUGAAAUGACUCAUAUUUUGGGUUUUAGCAAUUUAGAUAUACCAAAAUGGAUAACUUCUGAUGGAACUCCUCAUAAAAAUCCUAUAAUCAAAUAAAAUAUAAGGGGAGUUGAAAAUUUACUUAUUACAACUCCAAACGUUUUGAAGUUUGCUAGAGACUAUUUCGGAUGUCCUACUUUAGUUGGUAUGCCUCUUGAUAGAGCAAAUAACGAUGAAUAUUCAAAUUCACAUUGGAAAAACACAGACAUACAAAACGAAUACAUGAAUACAUUAAACUCACCUAAUUAGGCUUAUUUUAGUGGUUUUACAGCUAAUCUUUUAAGAGAUACAGGAUUCUAUGCUUAAAUCAACGCCAAUAUGGAAGAAAAAAUGUUCUUUGGAUAAGGAGCAGGCUGUGAGCACCUCUUGGGUAAAUGUGAUUCUACUAAAAGAGAAUUUUGUAAUACUUAAACAGACUAGGGAUUAUGUGAUUAUUACCACCACGGAUAUUCUAUUUGCAAAAUUCGUAAAUUUAAUGAUCUUGAUUGUAAUACUUUAAUUACCUACCCAAAUACAAAAUGUUGGGAUGUUAAUAGUAACUAGAACACAUAAAGAGCUUAAUUAUUAUAAGGAGUUAAAUAUGGUAUUGAUUCGAGAUGUUUCAACGGGAAUAUAUCGGGUUCACAAUACCCAUAAAUGUCUAUAACUAUAGGUAAUUGCUAUAAAUAUGAAUGUGAUUCUACUAAAAGAUAAGUAAAUAUUUGGGUAGGUAAAGUUAAGCAAACUUGUAAGUAAAAUUUACAGAAAUUGUCAUUUUAAGGAUAUACUGGAUAACUAUAAUGCCCAGCAAAUUUAUCAGAUUUUUGUGGAUUUAAAAAAAUAUGCCCUAAUAUAUGUAGUGCAAAUGGAUAUUGCUUAAAUAAUAAGUGUUAUUGUGCUAGAGGAUUUAGUGGAUUAGAUUGCUCUAUUAAAGGAGCCUCUUGA